AUGUGCCUCGUGCCGGACGAGGACGACCCGGCGAGCAGCCUCAGCUUCCCUGCCGUGCUCCUGUACCCGCUGCGGCUCGAGAGCGACUUCAUCAAGGCCUUCAACGAGACGGAGCGCCUCGCCGACCACCUCGCGUACAUCCUGCCCGUGCCGUGGGACGACAAGGGCGAGUACACGCCCGACGGCGUCGAGUGCUACAUGGAGACGGCCGCGGGCGGGCUCGUCAAGGUGGGCAAGAAGGCCACGCUGCUCAAGAUCCUGAGCGGAGGCAGCGUCGAGGUCGUCGACGGCAUCGUGCGGGUGUACGUCGUGCCCGCCGCCCGGGCCAAGGGGUGGAUCGAGGAGUUCAAGCUCAAGAAGGCCGCGGAAAAGGGGGGCAGCAGCUAG